AUGGCGCGGUCCCGUUUGAGGGCCAAGUUCCAGGGGAGGCCGACCCGAAAGUCAAAGCACAUCGAGGACGAGGAGAUAUCGGAGGAUGAGGCGUUCAACGAGGAAGAGGAGGCCAAGUAUGGGCGUUUCUUCCAGUCGAAGCGUGGGAAGCCUUCCGAGGACAAGGGAGAGCUUUGGGAAAGCCUAUUCGAGAAUGUAGAGGAUACACAUGUCGAUGAUUCGGCGGUUGGUUCGGCUGCUACGGCGAAAUCGGAGUCGGCGCAAACCGAAGUUGCACCACGUCCGACCGCGGAUUCCGAAUAUGCCUUCACCCGGCUGGAGGAGGACGCUGACCUGUUCACGGAGGAUGUGUCUAAGGAGGACGUUGGAGGGUUUGACUGGAUUGCAGAUGCCGCUGACGGAGACAGCAAAUACUCGUCGCUGAUACAGAAGUUCCGCGAGAUUCGCGAUGAUCUGCCCGAUGUCUUCCGUGAGGAGUCUCGGGCAAAGGCGAGCAGGGAUGAGCGCAAAGAGCUCUACUCCUCGACGAAGAAGACAGCCAGCAAGCGGUGGGAGCCGGUGCUGCAGCACAUCAAGCGGCAGAAGCAUACGUCCUACGGGGGCUCGGAGAGCCGCACCGAUGCCACUUGCGGUUCCAUGUUGCAGCUGGAUGCAGAAACGGAGCUCGAAAAGGAAUUGGAUGCACAUACCAACCAGGCAUACGAGCGUGCUCUGCAUGCUCGCGAGCUGAGGAAGAACAAACGUGUGAAUCGCAUCAAGAGUAAGAACUGGCACAAGCGCCAGAAGAAGCGUGAUUUGGAGUUGUACGCCAAACUCAUCGAAAAGUCGGACGAUCCCGAGCUGACGAAGGAACUGCUCGAGUCAUUUGAGCAGAAGCGUUCUAAGCACCGUGUUUUGCGCAAGCGCAUGGCCCAGGAGAAAUGGGCCAAGCUGGCCAUGCGUUUCGGCGACCGCAGCGUCUUGAAGCAGAUUUCUAGCGCCCAACAGCAGCUCAAGGAUGACCUUACUUUGAUUAAGGACACCAUAGAUGGUGUCGCGGAUAGAGAGGGGUCAGAUUCGGACGAUGAAUCCGAAGGAUCAGAGUCCUCGUCUGACGUGGAGUCGACCUCCGGCGACCCCGACGACGAGGUGCUGGCGAAGCUGAAGGUUAUCGCAAACCCCAAGGCGGAGGGGCUCCCUCAGAAGGGGUUAUUCGCGCUUAAAUUUAUGAAGGACGUGCUACAGAGUAAGAUGGAAGCACAGGAUGAUGACGAUGGUUCGGGUUCACAUCAAGCUGUCGCCCUACGGGACAAGGAGGAAGAUGACUAUGACAACGAGUCUAUAGAGUCGGAUUCCGACCGUGAGGAAGAAGUCGGCCAGACUGCACGUGAGUCGGACGCUGUGAAGCCUUCUCCAAAAGUUAGCGACGAGGAGCUAAAGAAGGCUAUGCAGCAUAUUCAUAUGGCACUAGGCGGUGGCGACGAGUCCGGGGACGAGGAAACUGGAUUUUGGGGAGCAGUUUCGAGCGCCACUACAUCUGCCCCAGCCGAGGACAAGGAACCUGUGCGCCAGGAUGCGCGUAAUGAGCCCAAGAGCAGCCGGGCCGAGAAGGUUGAAGUCGGUGUUAAACGGGAAUCGGCUUCUUCUGGUGCGGUAGAAUCGCAGGCGCCUGUUGAACCGAAGGUCGAUCAUGCUAAACCUAAGAUAGUACCCGCCGCAGCAGGGUUCUUGUCUGAGGACACCGGCCUCGACAACUUCAUCAAAAACUUGGGACCUGCUAAGAAGCGUGAAUCAACUAUACAGAUGGCACAACGCCUAUUUGUGACCCGAGGCGAUGAUGAGGCCCAACUGUCUGAAGAGGAGUCGGAGACUGAGGAGGCCGCAUCCGACCAGCUGAAGGGCUGGGGCAGCUGGACCGGAUUUGGCAUCACGGAGCCAAAGGCUAGCAAACCAGCUCCAGCUAAGCCAGAUAAAAAGGGGCGGCGGGUUGUCAAGGUGUCCAACAAGAAGAGCGCGAAGCUGGGCAAAUAUCUCCUCCACAGGGUCCCGCAUCCGCACAAGAACAAACACGACUACAAUGCCAAGAUGGCAACCACAGUCGGUCCGGAAUGGAACACCAGCAAGAUGCACGCUGAGUUGAUACAGCCGAAGACGACUAUCGCGGUCGGCUCCGUGGUGAAGCCGAUAUCUGCCGAGGGCGCAAAGGAGUAUGUGAAGCGCAUGGGCAAGGUUCUGCAGCGGAACCGUACCCGAGCCAGGCUAUAG